CUUCGCGGCGGCUUCAAUUAAAAAAAAAAAAAAACAUAUCUAUCUCUGCUAGCAGAGAUAGCGACUUGCAAAGCUUUGAGUUUUGUAGCAAACUGAUUAAAAAAAGUUUGUUUUUUUUAAAGAAAAUUCUCUCAAAACCCAGCAUUUUCAGUGAAUACUAAUCGAACCGAGAGCUCGAGGUACCAAAAUCCCCGCGGACCAUUUCCCUCCUCUCCCUGGCCGACCACCUCCAUGGAUCAGGACUACGAGCGUCGACUUCUGCGGCAGAUCAACGUCCAGAAUGACAACGCCAGCCCUGUCAAAGUCACGGACGUGAUCCGUCACCUGACACCCACCAAGUCGCCGAUGUCGUCGCCGAGCAAGCACGGGGAUCGGUUCAUCCCAUCGCGAGCAGGAGCCAACUGGAGCAUCAACUUCCACAGGAUCAACGAAAACGAGAAGUCCCCAAGCCAGAAUAAGAAAACCAAGGACGCGACAUCAGAUACGGGCAAAGCAGCGGACGGUUUGGCGUACUCGGCGCUCCUGAAGAACGAGCUGCUCGGAGCCGGGAUCGAGAAAGUGCAGGACCCUCAGACCGAAGACCGGAGGCUGCAGCCUUCGACGCCGGAGAAAAGAAGUCUCUUCAGCUAUACUCUGAGCGCCAAGAGAGCCACGCCUGACGACGGCAACAACGUCUCUCCGUACUCUCUGUCCCCCGUCAGCAGCAAAAGUCAAAAGUUGCUCCGUUCGCCGAGGAAGCCGACUCGCAAAAUCUCCAAGAUCCCAUUUAAGGUGCUGGACGCACCAGAGCUGCAAGACGAUUUCUACCUCAACCUGGUGGACUGGUCCUCCUUAAACGUGCUCAGCGUCGGACUGGGGACCUGCGUGUACCUGUGGAGCGCCUGCACGAGCCAGGUAACGCGGCUGUGCGACCUGUCCGUAGAGGGAGACUCGGUGACGUCGGUCGGCUGGUCAGAGCGAGGGAAUCACGUGGCGGUGGGAACGCACAAAGGAUUCGUACAGAUCUGGGACGCGGCAGCCGGCAAGAAACUCUACACGCUAGAGGGACACACGGCCCGAGUCGGCGCGUUGGCGUGGAACGCAGAUCAGCUUUCCUCGGGCAGUCGGGACCGCAUGAUCCUGCAGAGGGACAUCAGGACGCCGCCGCUGCAGUCUGAGCGCAGACUGCAAGGCCACAGGCAGGAAGUGUGUGGCCUUAAAUGGAGCACCGACCACCAGCUUCUCGCCUCCGGAGGAAACGAUAACAAGCUGCUGGUGUGGAAUCACUCGAGCGUGGCGCCUGUUCAGCAGUACACAGAGCAUUUAGCGGCAGUGAAGGCCAUCGCGUGGUCUCCUCACCAACACGGCCUCCUGGCGUCCGGAGGAGGAACGGCCGACCGCUGCAUCCGCUUCUGGAACACGCUCACGGCUCAGCCGCUCCAGUGCAUCGACACCGGCUCUCAGGUCUGCAACCUGGCCUGGUCCAAACACACCAACGAACUGGUUAGCACACAUGGCUACUCACAGAACCAGAUCCUCGUGUGGAAAUACCCGUCUCUUACUCAGAUCGCCAAACUGACCGGUCACUCGUACAGAGUGCUUUAUCUGGCGAUGUCUCCGGACGGGGAGGCCAUCGUGACCGGAGCAGGCGACGAGACGCUACGCUUCUGGAACGUGUUUAGUAAAACUCGAUCGACGAAGGAGUCCGUGUCCGUUUUAAACCUGUUCACCAGAAUACGGUAAUGGCGUGGCUGCGUUCCAGGAUCUCGUCAUUACAUCCGCUUCUUACCGGCCGCUCACAGACGGAACGCAGACGGCGUGAAGCUGAGAAGGCCGCGUAACUCUCUCGUUCCUAUUUGUACAGUUCUGGACUUUGGGCCGCACUGCCGCCGUUCAUCGGGCCGACUCCAGUGUUGUCACGAUCGUGUUUGUUUAUUUUUAUGUUUGUUGUACAGUUUAUUUAGUUCAUGUUUUUACGUUACCUUGGAGGGUCUGACGACGCAAGCCUUAAGAGCGUACCCUAACUAACGUUCCUGGGGGGAAAAAAGGGUGUGAUGGAAAAGCAUACGAAACAAAAAAAAAAUCAGCAUCUCAAGAAAGUAUGUGUAGCGAAUUAAUCAUCGUUGUUUAUUGGGGGGGGGAAUUGUAAAAUGUGUAUUUAAAAACUAAUAAAUCAUGACUGUACAGCAAGAACAUGUCUGUCUAAAAGCAUAAAUGGAGCUGCGGAAGAUUAACAAUACAAAAACACCCUGAAAGAGCA